UUCUAUCUAAGCAUGACUUGUUUCUCAGUAGCUCUUGAAUGCAGAAUGUACCUAAGCUGAAAAACUAUUCAGUUAAGGAGUAUAUUAUUGUUUCUCUUGCUGUUAGCAGACCUAACCUCUUAUCAAUCAUUCUCCAUUCUGGUUUGCAAUCCAUUAAUCAAAUAUUUGUUUCAAACUUACAGGUUAAGAUGAAACUCAUCAUUUUAGAGAAUUAUGCUCAGGCCAGUGAAUGGGCUGCAAAGUACAUUAGGAAUCGAAUCAUUCAGUUUAAUCCAGGUCCAAGCAAAUAUUUUACCCUUGGGCUUCCCACUGGUAAGUUACAGGAGGGGUGCGUGCAUCAGGGGGUGCUUUGUGAUUGGUAGGGCAGCAACUUCAGGGUCUUCUUACACAAACGCCAUGCUAUAAAUAUAAUCAAGGCAUCAAACUCUUUUGUGGGUGUUUGCUACAAAUUAUUGGCAAGCAAAAAUGUAUGCUGCAUAAAGCAUAAUGAAAAUACUUCAUGUAGUAGUACUUGAGCAGCUUGUAAGUUUAUAACUUGUUUGCUUGACUGUUGGAUGAAUGCAUCACAGCUUGCAUGUGCCACACUCAUUAUUCCCAGAUUGACUGAGCCUGUAGGAUGCCGAGGCUGCUUUUGGUGGACUGGUUUCUUUUUUUGGAAGACCCAGUUUCUGAAUGCAUUGUCCACAUUAUUGCGAGAGAAGUCACAGUACCGUGAUACAGGAAGUACUCCUUUAGGAUGUUACAAAAAACUAAUAGAAUAUUACAUGAAUGGAGACCUCUCUUUCAAAUAUGUGAAAACCUUCAAUAUGGAUGAAUAUGUGGGCCUUCCGAGAGAUCAUCCAGAGAGCUAUCAUUCCUUCAUGUGGAACAAUUUCUUCAAGCACAUUGACAUCUCCCCUGAAAACACCCACAUUCUUGAUGGGAACGCUGCUGAUCUUCAAGCAGAAUGUGAAGCUUUUGAAGACAAAAUCAGAGCAGCUGGAGGGAUUGAGCUCUUUGUUGGAGGUAUCGGCCCAGAUGGUCAUAUUGCUUUCAAUGAGCCAGGCUCAAGCUUGGUAUCCAGAACUAGAGUGAAGACCUUGGCUAUGGACACAAUAUUGGCUAAUGCCAGAUUCUUUGAUGGAGACCUCUCCAAAGUGCCCACAAUGGCUCUUACUGUUGGAGUGGGUACAGUCAUGGAUGCCAGAGAGGUUAUGAUCCUGAUCACAGGCGCCCAUAAAGCAUUUGCUUUGUACAAAGCUAUUGAGGAAGGAGUAAACCACAUGUGGACAGUUUCUGCCUUUCAGCAACACCCACGUACUGUCUUUGUGUGUGAUGAGGAUGCCACACUGGAGCUUAAAGUAAAAACAGUGAAAUACUUUCAAGGUUUGAUGCUUGUUCACAACAAACUUGUGGAUCCACUUUACAGUAUUAAAGAAAUAGGGGCAGAAAAAAGCCCAUCAAAGAAGCCAUACAGUGACUAGUCUGUUAGGAUGCUGAAUAACUGGCUAAGAAGAUUGUUCUGUUAAACUGUUUGUGCAAAGCAUCCUUUCCUCUUCUCUUGAUACAAGUCUACAGCGAAACACAUUCUUGGAUUCAGUCACAGGAAAAAAAUCUCUCCUGCUCCCACCAAGAGGUAGUAGCAUUGGAUGCAACUACAACAGGCAUUCUCCACCAGCAAAGCACACCCAUGACACAGUCCAUCACUGUGUUAAGCACCAAGACCAAAUGUGAAAAUUGAGGCUGUCUGUUCUCCUGCCAAAUCAAAGUAUGUAUUUAAGUUCAUCAUCCUGGUAACCUGUAACAUGAUCUAGAUUUGAGCAACAAAUUAUGUAUUAUCAGGAAUGGAAUCUGUACAAUGUGAAGCAUUUGCUACUUAGUUUUUACAUUAAAGGCAUUAAUACAUGUCUUCCAAAA